AUGGGAUUUCUGUUUAAUAUAAUUAGUGAAGUAAAAGAAAAUUCAAACUUAUCACCUUACAAAGAACAAUUAAAAACAGCAGUAAAUGAAUUAAACAAAAAUCUUAAUAAAGGCAAAAAAGGUUUGGAGGCUGUGAUUUUGCCGGUCAUGCAGGGGAUAAAGGGGUGGCUGGAGGCUGUUCAAACGGCUAACAAAAAAGUGACCAAUCCAUUAGAAAAUCUUCAAAUAAUAAUUAGCGAUCACAUAAAGCUUGAUAUGACUGAAUACUCGAUUAAAGACCAAUUGUCUAAUUGGCGAGGCUUUUCCAGCCUCUACGUCAAAGAUACUGAAAAAACAGAGGAGGCAUUAAAUGGAAUUGAUGGCAAUUUGAAGAAGGAAAUAUCGCCAAAAUUCGAGUUGAUAAAGCAUCUGGUUAAAAAUUUUUGGACGUCGGUGAAUAACGAUGGCGUCAUAAGAGCGGUAGAAGCAUUGCGGGAUAAGCUCAAUCAUCACCGUGAUGACGUAGAUGCCUACAUAGCUUCGCAAGCAAAAGGAGUUGAUAAGGCGUUAAAUGAGAAAUUUGAUGGUAUCAGUCAGAAGAUCGACAGUCUGACGAAAAUUAAAAGUUCUCAUAUCACACUAAUUAGAGGUGCCCUGAGAUCAGCGCAGCAGUUGGCGAGCGAUUUAGUAGCUGAGCGUGGUGGCGCAUUUGACACGACUUACAGAGAUAAGAUUUUAGAAAGGUUUAACGAAAUUAAGAGAGACAUUGAGAAGUUUACAAAAGAAGGUGAAAACGGCAAGCAAACACUUAUGGGAGAGUUCGGUAAUGUCCAAACUAAAGUUGGUGAGCUAAACGCAUCCGUGCAGGGAGACUUGGAGGAAUUGAAGAUGGAUAUUGGAAAGGUGAAAGAUUUAAUUAGUGAAGACGUCGACCAAAAUCUUGUCAAAGACGCGUUGAAGCAGCUUGAGGUGGCUAAAGGAAAGGUGGUCGGAGAGACUAUUACACCAAUCGCAGAUAAGUCCGCAGAACUGAAAAGUCACUAUGAACACGAAUUUUUGAAAAAUUUCGGAGAGCGUAUCGAGGUGUAUACAGCAUUUAGGAAUGCUAUUUAUGGUGACAGAGGAUCGUCUAAGCAUCCCGCAAAAGACUCUCUCGCGCAGCACAUAAUCGACUUAACUACUAUGAUUGAUGGAGACGGUGAGGAAGGCAAAAGCCUUGAUGACCGUUUCGAUAAGUUCUACAAUGACGCUGCAGAAGAAAUAUUAAAUGCAGCCCAUAGGGCAAUUGAUGCCGCAAUUGAGAAGUUCAAGAUGAACGAUGGUCAUACCCAUAUAGAAGUGACGCAAUUGAUGAAACUGUUUCACAGCAGUUGGCAGGAACUUAACGGGGCGGUUGUGAAAAUUCAGGAGGAGUUAACGGAAUUUCAGAAACUCCCUGCCGCAGUGUGCAGUCAACAACGAAGGGCAGGGACGCAAUUGGAAAACCUAAAGAACAAAAUUAGCGAUAUAGCCAAGAAAAUCGGCGAGAUCGAAACACCCAUCGCAGAUGCAAACAAGGCCUUCGAAUCCGUCAUCAACAUACUCGUAUCAGAGGUACGAGAUUGUAGAAACACUGCACGAAUGGCAACGUCAGCGCUUAUAAGUACUCUGAAGCACCGCGUGAAAAGCGCAUUUAACGACGUAGAAGAUGCCAUUCAGAAAAUGUAUGUGGAGCAUAUGAAUUCAAAUGCCAAGAACGUUCUAAAGUCUGUGUCUGCUCAGUUCUCGAGUAUCCAAGAGACUAUCACAACCGACAUGGAUACCGGCCUCAAAGGUCUGAUGAGCAAGAUGAGGAAUAAGUUUGCUAUCUUGACUAGUCCCAGUAAAGAUCUCCAAACAUGUGCUAAUAAGGUAAAAAAUUUCUAUGAUUCUUUCUUCACCUCCCUCAAAUCCCAGUCCGACCUCUCCCCUGACCGUCUCACCCCCCUCUCUUCUGCCCUCUCCGUCCUCCUGUCCACAAUGCACUCCCAACGCCACUUCUCCGCCGCCGUCUCCCGCAAGCUCGCCGAGCUCCAAACACAACUCGACACCCUCACCCCUACCGCAUUCUCCCAGGCCUCCCCGCUGCUCAACGUCCUCAAGGCCGGCGUCCAGGCGUUCCACGGGGAGCUCGCGAAGCAGUACGUCAGCAGGUACUCGGGGAUGGAAGUGGGUGAGAUGGUGAGAGAAGACAAAAUAACGGCAUAUGGAACUAAACUCUCUAAGGUGUUUCUUACGUCACUUUCCACAUUAUGUGACGACUUGAACCCUUUGAAAAAAUAUUCCGUUACUACAUGGAGACAGGAGCGAAUAAACAAAGACACGCCAAUUGGCUAUUUCCUUGCUAGCCGAGGUUUCGAAGUGAAUUCGGAGACAGGCAAGCAGACUGGUAAGUUACGUGAUAAACCUGGCAUGCUUGGGUUCCACAUCUUCAAGUUUCUUGAUAAAUCAAGAGGCUCCGACAAUGAACACCUCAAGAAGUGUAAAGAGGAAGGAAAUGAACAUGAUGAAAAAGUGACGACAGCCGCCACAAAAUCGCCAUUUGGUGUGGUUGGAAUACUGAAUUGCCUAUUUAGGCACCUUCAUCAGUAUUACACCGCUUGCCACCUCCGCCACAUCGACCGACCAAAAUCGCCGUCGUCUGUUUACCAAAUGCUCGUAUGGUUGACUGGACUUCCGCACAAUCGCGUGUUCCCGAAAGUAUCAGUCAGCGACAUCGCAGACCUGUUCGAGAAGCCUGAUGCGGAAGCCGGUGACAGUAACCCAGACGGCCCACUUGUUCUACAGACAGAUCCUGACACCUUGCCAGCUUACCCCCAAACCAUCGCUGCUUCAACGCUCACAACUACCAUUCAUAGGGUUUGCGUUGCUGCCGAGGACAUCCUCACUUCCAUUCUUGGUCACGGCCACGCGGACGGCAUUUAUGCCGUCGACUUCAACACUAACCCCGACGGUUUCUCGUAUCCCACCGCCCCUGGUGCUUGCUUGGACAUGCUGUGCGACGUCUUAAAUCGCCUUUACCAGCAACUUUUCUUCCUAUACGGCCAGUGCAGCAACGAAGAACCCUCCGUCAGUUGGCGUGACUGUUGGUACGGAAACCAAGUAGGCGGGUCAGCAUGGAACUGCAACACCAUGCAAUGUCCUGACCAAAAGGGCAACCAAAUACACAAGCAAAAGUGCAACCAAAAGUGUGACCAAACAGCUCAGUGCGGCAUAAAAUCGCCACUCCAAUCCUUUUUAGAAGAUGGUCUGCCUGGUUUCCUUCCUCAUUCCUUCACCAAGCCAGGUUGUAAGCUGACAUGUACCCUCUCCAACCAUAGAGGUAUCCCUUGUAGAACGCCAAUGGGCUUCGCUGACAUCAGUGUCACUGCUUCUCACAGGCAGACGGGAGAGUAUCUCAAGAAAGUUCUUGAGGGCUUUUGUGGCAGUGAAUCUGCGCCACUAACCAAGCUCUGCGCUCAGCUAACGUGCCUGUUGCAGAAACCUCCGCAGACGCUGGGAGACAUCUUUGCGUUUUAUUAUGGUUAUAUGGAAAAAUGGGCAAACGAUUUCUAUGGAAAUUCCCCUAAGAAGAAUCUAUAUACAAGAGAUGCAUUUAGAGAGGCUGUCAACGAUGCGUACUUCGGAGAGCCAUAUGAACAUCUCGAUCCUAUUACAUUGGUCAGCAGCAGUAAGCACACCGAGAAACAUUCCAAAGGUAAUUUAUGCAGCAUCGCAAAUUGCGAGUCUGGCUCAGUAGCGCCAUGUGGUCUCUAUGUCAAGUCUAUGACGCAGGACAUUACUAAGUAUUACUCUGCCGAACAUAAGGCCAACCAUUUGUCGUGGAUCGUGUACAUCACAGAGACAUUCUGCGAUCUGCUUAAGAAAUUAUAUGAUGACUGUUGCAAGAAAUGUGGACCCGGUGGUAGUAAAUGCCAUGUGAAGAGCUGUGCUGAGCAAUGUGAGAUUAAGUAUUCAGAUGAUAAAAAGCAUUCACUAGAGAAUAAGUCUCACCAGCAUGACUGUAAAUCCAUUAUCAAUUGCCGUGACACUCAUCCCACACUAUAUAAAUACGGCUUCACAUUCGGAAAAACGUGGGCUCUGAAUGGCUCAAGAAACGAAGCAAGAGCGAAGAGGACGUGCAGAGAUUUUUGUGAAGCGUUGAAAAAGAUGCUUGCUGAAGGUUCGGUGCUCAUCACACUACGCGGACAUAUCGAUGACUUCCUAUGGGCUAUCAGAUUUAAUUUCUCAAUCACCGUAUUAGCCCUCUGGCUCCUCUCUUUGUUGUACCUCCUCCACAUCUUCAUCAUCCGCCUCGAUCUACUCCACAUCAAAUCGCAUUUGCACUCACCAUCAUCACAUCGCAUCGCCGCUCAGUCGCUGCUUGCCGCGGCACGUGUUAACAAGCUUAACAGGGUGUUUUAUCUGCAACCAUAA